UUCAUCCAUCUCAUAGGUGGUGUGGAAAUGGUGCUGCUCAUCGCCAUGGCUUUUGAUAGAUAUGUGGCCAUUUGUAAGCCUCUCCACUACCUGACCAUCAUGAGCCCACGGCUAUGCAUUUUGUUUCUGGCUUCUGCCUGGGCCCUUGGUGUAAUCCACUCACUUUUCCAGUUGGCAUUUAUCACUGAUCUACCCUUCUGUGGCCCUAAUGUUUUAGACAGCUUUUAUUGUGACCUACCCAAGCUCCUGCGACUGGCCUGCAGAGACACCUACAAGUUGCAGUUCAUGGUCACUGUCAACAGUGGGUUCCUCUGUGUUGGAUCUUUUUUGAUACUUAUGGUCUCUUACAUCUACAUCCUACUUACUGUUUGGAAACAUUCCUCAGGUGGAUCAUCCAAGGCCCUCUCUACCCUGUCAGCUCACAUCACUGUGGUUUUCUUUUUCUUUGGUCCCACCAUGUUCGUCUAUACAUGGCCACAUCCCAAUGCCCAAAUAGACAAAUUCCUGGCUCUCUCUGAUGCAGUUCUCAUUCCUUUUCUAAAUCCAGUUAUCUACACGCUCAGGAAUAAAGAGAUGAAGACAGCAAUGAAGCGAGUUUUCAGACUGCUAGUGGUUUUUAAAAAAUAUCAUAAAUAA